AUGCGGGGCCGUUCAGUGUGGUGGAGCACGAUGUUGGAGAGGAAAGGAAUUCAGGAACAGUUGGAUCACUUUGAGUACCUGAACAUCAAGUCAGUUUGGAUCAGUCCCUUCUACCGCUCCCCCAUGAAAGACUUUGGCUAUGACGUGGAAGAUUUCCGAGCCAUUGACCCCCUCUUUGGAACCAUGCAGGACUUUGAGGAGCUGCUGGCUGAAAUGCACAACAGAGGUUUGAAGCUGAUCAUGGAUUUCAUUCCCAAUCACACCAGUGACAAACACCGCUGGUUUAACUUGAGCCGGACGAGAGAUGCUCACUACGAGGAUUAUUACAUCUGGACCGACUGCAACGAGACAACGAGGCCUAAUAACUGGGUGAGUGUGUUCGGGAAUUCAUCGUGGACUUACGAUGAGGUCAGAGGACAAUGUUACCUGCACCAGUUCCUCAAGGAGCAACCAGACCUGAACUUCAGAAACCCACAUGUCCGCCAGGAGAUGAUCGAUAUUAUUCAGUUCUGGUUGGGGAAAGGAGUGGACGGGUUCCGGAUGGACGCAGUGAAGCACAUCCUGGAGGCUGCGCACUUGAGGGAUGAGCCACAGGUGGACCCAGAGAAACCACCUGAGUCUGUGACUUCAGAGUGGGACCUUCACCACGACUACACCACCAGUCAGCUGGGGCUGCACGACCUCCUGAGGGACUGGAGGGCAGAGAUGGACGUUUACAGCCGCGAGCCCGGCAGAUACAGGGUUAUGGUGACAGAGUCAUACGAUUACCACGAGGUGGACAAGACCAUGAUGUACUACGGCACCUCGCUGGUUAAAGAAAGUGAUUUCCCCUUCAACUUCUACCUGCUGGACCUGCCUCGCAACACCAGCGGCUUGUGGGUUCAACAACUGGUCCAGCUCUGGAUGACCAACAUGCCCAAGGGACUCUGGGCCAACUGGGUGGUUGGAAACCACGACAAGCCUCGAAUUGCCACCAGCGCUGGUCAGACCUACAUUCGCGUCAUCAACAUGCUGCUGCUGACCCUCCCAGGCACACCCACCACCUACUACGGCGAGGAGAUCGGCAUGGAGAACAUUAAUGUCACGGACAGUCAGAUACAAGAUCCUGCUGGCAAAUACAACGCAAGCGCCAGUCGGGACCCUCAGCGAUCGCCGAUGCAGUGGAGUGGUAACAUGAAUGCAGGCUUUAACAACAGAACCAACAUCACCUGGUUGCCUGUUCACCCUGAUCACACGAGCGUGAAUGUGGAGGUCCAGAAAAAAGAUGGACGCUCCGUUCUGUCUCAGUACCGUUUCCUGAGCACCCUGCGUCAGUCGGAGCUCCCGCUUCACCGCGGGUGGUUCUGCUACAUCCACGCUGACGCCAACGUCUUCUCUUACCUCAGAGAGCUCGACGGGCUCAACCAAGCUUUCCUCAUGGUCCUUAAUUUUGGCAAAGAAUCUGCCGUCACAGACCUCUCGUCUGUUGGUGAGCUACCGGACCAGUUGACGGUGCUGAUGAGCACAAACGGUGUCAGGGAUGGCAAAGUGUUUCAGAAGUCUCGUAUCCUGACGGAAGCAGGGGAGGGUUUGGUGAUUCAGUUCUCCGCACAAACUCGGUUUAAUCCCAACCACCUCAAACAGUGCUACGUCUCAGAGAAGGCCUGUUACUUAGGAGUCAUUGACAUUCUUUAUAAAUGCUAACAUGAAUGGGCACUGGUAUUCAGUUAUUGCAGUUUGACAGUAGCAGUCAAAUCAAGAUGUUUCUUUGGUGUCUCCUCUGUAAAGGAUGUGUGUCAGAGAAUUAAAAGGACCGUAACGGAUACAGUCA